CUCGGCGGGAGAGGCUCGGAUGGAAUGCGUCAGGCUCCAGUGACACCUCCGGGGCUCCUUCCCCCGCGUCCUGCGGGCUCCAAGUGUCAGGCUCCAGUGACACCUCCGGGGCUCCUUCCCCCGCGUCCUGCGGGCUCCAAGUGUCCGGCUCCAGUGACACCUCCGGGGCUCCUUCCCCCGCGUCCUGCGGGCUCCAAGUGUCCGGCUCCAGUGACACCUCCGGGGCUCCUUCCCCCGCGUCCUGCGGGCUCCAAGUGCCGGUCAUAUGAGUGCCGCGUCCGGCCCGCCCUUCGCGGUGAUGCAGCGGCCACUCGGCAGCAGCAGCGCCUUCAGCAUCGACUCUCUGAUCGGGGGGCCUCCGCCGCCCGGCCCGGGACACUUGGUGUACAGCGGCUACCCCAUGUUCAUGCCCUACCGCUCCGUGGUGCUGCAGCCGCCGCCGCCACCUCUCCCCGCCGGACACCCGCACGGCUUCUGCUCCGGCCUGGCGCUCACCUCCACGCUGAUGGCCUCCCUCCCCGGGGGCUUCUCGCCGGGCCAGCAGCAGCAGCAGGACGCGGGCCGGAAGCACGCGGAGAGUGCGCUGGCGGGAAAGGAGCGCGGGAACUCCGCCACAGCGCGGGGUCACGUGACUGGCGGCCAGCAGGACGAGGAGGAGUGCGCGCGCAGGGACGACAUCUUCUCCAUGGACAGCGACGCGGACUACAGCUCGGACGACAACGCGGCGCCGCGGGAGGACGCGGCGGCGGCGGCGCUCGAAGACGCGCCGCACGGCCACGGCGCGGCCUCCGCUUGCCCCGCCGCCGGCGCCGGUGGCGGCAAGAACCGGCGGCGACGCACCGCCUUCACCAGCGAGCAGCUGCUGGAGCUGGAGAAGGAGUUCCACUGCAAGAAGUACCUGUCACUCACCGAGCGCUCGCACAUCGCGCAUGCGCUCAAGCUCAGCGAGGUGCAGGUCAAGAUCUGGUUCCAGAACCGGCGCGCCAAGUGGAAACGCGUCAAAGCCGGCAACGUCAACAACAAGUCCGGGGAACCGUCGCGGAACCCCAAGAUCGUGGUGCCCAUCCCGGUGCACGUCAGCCGCUUCGCCAUCAGGAGCCAACACCAGCAGCUGGAGCAGAGCCGACCUUAGGCCGGAAGGAGCCAACACCAGCAGCUGGAACAGAGCCCACCUUAGGCCAGCAGGAGCCAACACCAGCAACUGGAACAGAGCCCACCAUAGGCGCAACAGAGCCGACCUUAGGCGCGCGGCCCGUCACCGGAAAUCAAACAAACUCUCCUUGACUUGAUUCGUCCGACAAAAACAGGCCGACGCUGGAAAGUCCAGAAAUGUACAUUUGAUUCCGUCUCUGAUUAAAAACACAUCAGUGACCAUUUGAGUUCGAAUAAGUUGUAAUUGUUGACGCAAACGUCAAAAACACUCCACUUCCGGCCUCGGCCUCGAGCUGUGAUGAAGAAGAAGAAGAUUUCCAAGGACGUCAGGAAAUAACGAAAGUUUUUAAUUUUUUUUUCUUCUCUUCGGAUAUGAAAUGUUUGCUUUCGUUUUGCCUUCUUUGAGUCCACACGUGCUGCUAGUUUCAUUUCGUUCAAGUGUCAAAUACUUCAAAUAAUUACUGAUGUGUC